GAGAGGAGAGGAGGCAAUCGAGUCGAGUUGGAAGAGUCCACGCCACGCUGCUCCAAAUCUCAAUCAUCACAUCAAAUUGAAUCCCCAAACAGAAGCCAUAGCAGAGGCCACCAACCAAACCAAAUCCCCGAGGAGCUCAGCAAGUCAGCAUGGCGAUCGUGUACGCGCUGGUGGCACGCGGCACCGUGGUGCUGGCCGAGUUCGCCGCCGUCUCCGGGAACGCCGGCGCGGUGGCCCGCCGCAUCCUGGAGAAGCUGCCGCCGGACGCGGAGGCGCGCCUCUGCUUGGCGCAGGACAAAUACAUCUUCCAUGUCCUCCGCGCGGAUGGCGGCAUCACCUUCCUCUGCAUGGCCAAUGACACCUUCGGAAGAAGGAUACCCUUUCUUUACCUCGAGGACAUCCAGAUGAGGUUUAUGAAGAAUUACGGCAGAGUCGCGCAUUCCGCUCUGGCUUACGCCAUGAACGAUGAGUUCUCCAGAGUGCUACAUCAGCAAAUGGAGUUCUUCUCCAGCAACCCCAGCGCAGACACACUCAACCGUCUCCGCGGCGAAGUCAGCGAGAUACACACUGUCAUGGUCGACAACAUAGAGAAAAUUCUUGACAGAGGUGAUCGCAUCUCACUUCUUGUGGACAAGACAUCCACCAUGCAAGACAGCGCUUUUCACUUUCGCAAGCAAUCCAAGAGGCUCCGCAGAGCUCUUUGGAUGAAGAAUGCCAAGCUUCUAGCUGUGUUGACAGUGGUCAUAGUACUGCUACUCUACUUGAUCAUCGCCGCUUUCUGUGGAGGCCUUUCCCUACCGUCAUGCAGAUCAUGAAUAACACACCAUAUGGCUGUACCUCAUUUGGAGUGUAAUACCAUGGAAUGAUGCAUGCUGUGUUAAGAUCUGCUGAGCACUUACGCUUUCAGAGCUAGAAAGAUGUUUCGAGAAACAGGUUUGCUGUUUGGUUUUCUGUAGGAGGGAGUUGGCCUUUUGCUGAGAGGAGUUAAUGUGAAAUGAUUCGUACAAAAUGGGAUCAGGAUGUACAGUAUGUGGGUUGUUGUUUUGAGGCGCCUGGGCAACAAGGGAGGGGGGUUGCACGUAUCUUUUGAUGUCGCUGUGGUUGUGGAUGGAUAGGAUAUCUUGCUGUACUUAUGUUUUGCUACCAACCUGUCAUUGUGCUUUUGGGAAUGUAGUGGCACUUGUUAUAUAUUGUGCAGUGUACUAUUGCAUGAAAAAUGCACAUGAUUAUGGAGUA